CGCCCCGCGCGACGCUCCGGCCCUCGCCUCGGUGCCCGCGCGCGGAGGCCGGAAGUGCCGGUGCCGGUACCGGAGGGUGGGGGUAGGGGUCGGGGUGGGGAGCGCCCCCCGCUGACCUGGUACCGCCGGGGAGGGUCCCGGGAGCCGCCCCGCCCAUGGGCGUGGCCGUGGGGUGGGGCUGGGCGUUGUCCCACGCGCUGCUGUGCGCCGCCUGCCUGCUCUGCGCGCGCCGGGCCCGCCAGGUGACGGGUGGGCCGGCGGCCGGGUUCCUGCUGCAGGCGCUGGCGGCGGCGAGCGACGCCCUGUCCCCGCCCUGGCCGGGGGGGACCCCGCGAGGGGACCUGGACCCCCACCCGCCGCGAGGGGACCCAGACCCCCACCCGCCGCCCGGCGCUUGGGUCUCGGCCGUGCUGGGACAACCGCUGGUGGCCUUCGGCUUCCACCGCCUCAGCGGCGACCGGGCCACCGGCAACCUGCUGCUGGGGAGCGCCGCGGCGCUGGCCCCCGCCGCCGCGCCGCUGGCCGCCGAGGCGCGUCUCCUGGCCGCCCGCGCCGUCGCCUUCCUCACCGCCGCCAGCACCCUCAGCCUCGCCCUCCUCACCGCCAACGGCUUCGGCGCGCUCGGGAGCCUCCUCCUCCUCGCCGGGAACCUGCUGCCGGCGUCGCCGAGCGGCCCCCGGCACGACGGCAACCCCUGGGUGCUGGCGGCGGGGAAUCUGGCGCUGGAGCGAGCGCUGCGGGGGCAGCGGCGGCUGGGUGGGGGCUGAGCCCCGGCGGGUGCCGAGCCCCGGUGGGUGCCGGCGCCGAGCCCCGGUGGGCGCAGUAAAGCCGGACGCUUGCGGCGAGUCUCCCGUA